AUGAGCCAAAAGGGUGGGAGGGUGGUUCAGGUUUGGAAUAAAGAGGUUGUGACAUCACAGAGCCAGCUGGCUCAGUUGUUAGCAACAAUCAGCCUGACAACAGAUGAGAAUUUAGUUGCGAAAUCCUUGAAGACCUUCCCUAGCUCUCCUGGAGCUCCCUUGUUCCUAUUUCAGAUAUCUCUGUUUUUAAAGGCACUGAAGGCAGUAUUUGUGAAUAUGGAGGAUGUUGAUGGUAAUGCAGAGGAGACUCAAGGUGCUAAUAAGACCCGCACCUCAAUCAGGAUAGGGCUUGACCGGAUCUCUAAGAACCAAUUUGAGAGCCAGAAACCUCGGAAAGAAUACAAGCUACCAUCUGCGUCUGUAAAGAUUCUGCGUGACUGGCUCUAUAAGCACCGGUUUAAUGCAUACCCUACUGACGAAGAGAAGUUAAUGCUGUCCGAGAAGACCAAUCUAUCUUAUUUGCAGGUCUCCACCUGGUUUACAAAUGCCCGCAGACACCAUCUCCCAAAAAUUCUUAAAGAAUCCCAAGAAGCCCAGAAGCAGUACUUCGGUCCACCGGAGGUUAAGGCACCAAAUAUGCCCCUGCCAAUAUGCGAAGUAUCGCAAGAGAAGCUACCAGAUCUGGAGUCUUCUCCAGAACCUGUAUUGCUAGAAGAAAAGCCCGAUUUUAGCAGAUUCUACAUGUUGGUUGAGGUUGCUGUACAGAAGGCAACAGAACUGGAGGAGGAGAAGAAGCAAGUUCCCAAUCUGUAA